AACGUUAUAGUGUUGCAUUCUUGAAUCAUCGUUACUUUCGUUUUCGCUUCCACGUCUACAAAUUAGAUCACAUUAAAAACUGAGACAGAGACAGCUGUACACGCCUGGACACACGGAGUUUGACUGGGUGAAGCAAGAAGACUUAAAUCAACAUGGCAGAAAAUGACGUUGACAUGGUGGAAGUGGGUGAUAAUAAUGUGAAGAAGACAGAUGUGGAGGUCCUGGGCUGGCGACAGAGGCGGCUUAUGGACCUGUAUUUGACAGAUGAUGAAUCUGACAAAGGACUGGAUACACCACCCCAGGGCACAGAUCUGUAUCGGUCAAAGGAGGAGAUGAGUCUGGAUCCUCCUGCUGGAGGAGCUGCUGGCUCUAAUAAAGACAGACAAUCACAGAGAGAUCAGCAUUCUCCCAUCAACUCCCAAAGGACUCAAGAUGUGGAUCUGAAUCAAGCUAAGGUUGAAGAGAGAAAGCAGCCAUCAGCAUCUCCAGAUGAGGCUACAGUCUACGUCACUGUGAAGUGGCCUAGGAAAGACCUUCCACCAAAAUGGAAAUCUACACUAGAGAAAACUCUCCAGUCAUGGCUCAAUAAAGACUUUGGUGAUAAGACUACAGAUUGUACCUUGAAAGGUCUUUAUUACAAUGGGUCAUGGGCUGAGGUCAAGAUAAGUCCCUCAACAGAUCUAAAAGUACUUCUGAAUCGGAGGGCAACACAGAUGACCUUCAAAGACGAGGCCAAGACAACCGCUACUGUGCAGUUUCACAAAACUGCACCAUCUACACCCUGGAACCAAUCAGACUGUAAACCUAGCUCAAUAGAUGGCUCUCCUCCAACAUCACACACUCCACAGGAUGUCAAACUCCCAGUGACUGUACAUACUAUCAUUGAUCUCAGUGGCAUCCCACAUGAAGCACAGGUUUCCCUUCAGACCAGGUUCAGUCAGUACCGCACUUAUCACUCACUGACCUUUACUGGGAACUUUGAGGAAGGGGAGAAGUUCUACAGAGAGGUGCACAAGGUCAUCAAGGAAGCUGAGGCUGGGCCAGCAGGUGAUUGGAAUGGUUUAGCAGUGACAGCAAGCAUGACUCACAAGGGAAUGAACACCCAUGAAGCCCCUGGGCAAAAGGAAAUGAGAUUUCCAGUCCCACUGACCCUCUUUGGGUACAUGAACCAGGCCUACCAGAAGGAGAUGGAGGACAUAGAGAAAAGAAAUGGAGUCAAAAUCAAUGCAGAUGUGAAGGUGUCCAUCAAAGAAGAUUCAGCGAAAACAGGUAGAGAUUUUCUGCUGCCCGAAGCCUACCAGGAGUUAAUUGACCUCUUCCAGAAGUGUGCAGGUGAUUUUGACAGCAUCUCRGCACAUCUGCCACACAUGAAUCUAGAAGACCUCCAGAAUACGCUGAAGAACAUCCAGAAUGAGGAGUCCAGGCUGGUGCUGAACGUGUCCGCCAACAGUUGCAAUGUGUUUGGGCCGAAGCAGAGCAUGGUAGCAGUCGGGAAGGCUUUUGGGGUGGGCCACAGCUCCACAGUGAAGACCUUCGGAAUGGAUCACAGCUCCACAGAUGAGGCCUUUGGAUCUGGAAGGAGAUCUACAGAGAUUCCACAGAAGAUUGUGCUUGACAUCAAAGACCCACUGGUGUCAAGUGGGCUGUCCAUGGACCCAGCCCACUGGGAGCUGAUUAAAAAAAUAUUUGAUGAAAAAAUAAAAGCAAUCCAAAAUAAAUUUGGAGUAGUUUUCAUGAAUAAUCCCUCUCYGGGGAAGGUCAGAGUGACAACCAGACCUAUCAAGUCCCAACACACUGCCUCUCUGGAAUGCCACGCCAUCAGAGCUCUCAUGCACCUCUACCAGAAGGUUGCCACGUCAACAAUGAGCUGCUACCUGCUAGACACUACCCAGGCAGGGACUGUGGGGGAUAUGCUGGAGAAGAUCCGCUCUCGACACCAAUGUGUUGGGGCAGGAGAAAACUACGGUCCCUGGAGGCUGAUUGGCCUACCGGAGCAUUUAGGCCCUGCUGUCAAAGAGCUUGAAGAGAAGCUGGGUGGGCAUGUGUUUAAAGAGGAAGACAAGCAGAGGAUUGUGUAUCCUGAAGACUUCAACACAGGAGCAGCUGAGGUGGGAGCAGCUGGAGAAGCGACAUGCCCCAUAUGCAUGGAUAUAUUUACCAACAAGGAGAAGUUGUCGUGCACCCAUGAGUUUUGUAAAGAGUGUCUGAGGCGGUCAGUGGAAACCAUGGGCCCCAGCUGUCCUGUGUGUAAGGAUGUGUACGGGAAGGUGGAGGGAGACCAGCCUGAUGGAACAAUGAAACACACUAUUUCUUACACCAACCUACCUGGAUUCACUCAAUGUGACACGAUAGUUAUCAACUAUGAUAUUCCAGAUGGAAAACAGACGAAGAAACAUCCCAACCCUGGAAAGCACUUCUAUGGGACCAAAAGAAUGGCUUAUCUACCCAAUAACAUGGAGGGGAAUGAGGUCCUGAAGCUGCUGAAGAAAGCAUUUAAUCAGAGGCUGAUUUUCACAGUUGGGAUCUCCAGAACCACUGGGGCAGAGAAUGUAGUGACCUGGAAUGACAUUCACCACAAAACCAACAUCGAAGGAGGGGCACAAAAUUUCGGCUAUCCUGACCAUGACUACCUGAGAAGAGUGAAGGAUGAGCUGAAAGCCAAAGGCAUCAAAUGAAGACAUUUUUGGAAAUAGAACAGAAGACUAGUUCAGUUGAGAUUCGAUACUUUAAAAUUAUACAUUGAGGGGAAAGCUAUACUAUGGAAUCAAGAUGUUUGUUGAUUGUUUGCCAUAUCACUGUUCCCUCUGGGUUGUGACAAUACUACAGUACAAGAGUCUUUUGGAAAAAAAAAUUUGGUGUCAGGGACCAUUUUGGUUAAGAUUCUUUGUUUUAUGAAGCCAUUUGUCUAAACAAAUGUCAACUUUCGGGGGAUUUAGUUUUGAUUGGUAUACUGGUAGUUCUUUUUACUAUAGAUGCUUGGAUCUAGGCUAACGUGUGAGCUAUGGGUCUAGGCUAACGUGUGAGCUAUGGAUCUAGGCUAACGUGUGAGCUAUGGAUCUAGGCUAACGUGUGAGCUAUGGAUCUAGGCUAACGUGUGAGUCUAUGGAUCUAGGCUAACGUGUGAGCUAGGAUCUAGGUUAACGUGUGAGCUAUGGAUCUAGGUUAACGUGUGAGCUAUGGAUCUAGGUUAACGUGUGAGCUAUGGAUCUAGGCUAACGUGUGAGCUAUGGAUCUAGGUUAACGUGUGAGCUAUGGAUCUAGGUUAACGUGUGAGCUAUGGAUCUAGGCUAACGUGUGAGCUAUGGAUCUAGGCUAACGUGUGAGCUAUGGAACUAGGCUAACGUGUGAACUAUGGAUCUAGGCUAACGUGUGAGCUAUGGAUCUAGGCUAAUGUGUGAACUAUGACAAAAUAUCUUGAAUGAUUAGAAAUAUGUAACAUUAAUCUUGUUAGAUUAUUAUGUCAGUGCUUUUAAACAGAAUGGUAACAUUCAGAUUUAAAAUCAACCUCAACAUAUUAUAAUUAUCAGUUGGUGAUCUCAUUAUUAGAUACAGAUCCACUUGCUCACUUAAGGCCCAAUAAACGUGUUCUUGUGUGAUUAACUCAAGUUUGCGUUGAAUUUUGUUUGAUGAUUGGUAAUGAAAAUAAAAAGUUAAUUUAAGACUGA